GUCGGUUCCCCCCCCAUGGCGCUGUGGCGCGGCUCGGCGUGCGCCGGCUUGCUGGCGCUGGCGGUGGGCUGCGUGUUCCUGCUGGAGCCGGAGCUCCCGGGCUCGGCGCUGCGCUCGCUCUGGAGCUCGCUGCGGCUGGGGCCCGCGCCCGUACCGCCGGGACCUCUCUCCCCCGAGGGCCGGUUGGCGGCCGCCUGGGACGCGCUGAUCGUGCAGCCCGCCCGGCGCUGGCGCCGCGUGGCCGUGGGAGUGAACGCGUGUGUCGACGUGGUGCUGUCGGGUGUGAAGCUCUUGCAGGCUCUUGGCCUGAGUCCUGGGACUGGAAGAGAUCAUGCCAUUCUGCAUUCAAGAAGUGACCUGGAGGAAACCUUCAUUCACUUCAUGGGGAAGGGAGCAGCUGCUGAGCGCUUCUUCAGCGACAAGGAAGCCUUUCAUGACAUUGCCCAGGUGGCGUCAGAGUUCCCAGGAGCCCAGCACUAUGUAGGAGGAAAUGCAGCUUUAAUUGGGCAAAAAUUUGCAGCCAACUCAGAUUUAAAGGUUCUUCUCUGCGGUCCAAUUGGUCCAAAGCUACAUGAACUUCUGGAUGACAAUGUAUUUGUUCCACCAGAGUCACUGCAGGAAGCCGAUGAGUUCCACCUCAUCCUGGAGUACCAAGCAGGGGAGGAGUGGGGCCCGUUUAAAGCUCCCCAUGCCAACCGGUUCAUCUUCUCUCACGACCUCUCCAACGGGGCCAUGAAUAUGCUGGAGGUGUUUGUGUCUAGCCUGGAGGAGUUCCAGCCUGACCUGGUGGUCCUCUCUGGAUUGCACAUGAUGGAGGGACAAAGCAAGGAGCUCCAGAGGAAGAGACUCUUGGAGGUUGUGACCUCCAUUUCUGACAUCCCCACUGGUAUUCCAGUUCACCUAGAGCUGGCCAGUAUGACUAACAGGGAGCUCAUGAGCAGCAUUGUGCAUCAGCAGGUCUUUCCUGCAGUGACUUCCCUUGGGCUGAAUGAGCAGGAGCUGCUGUUUCUCAGCCAGUCAGCAUCGGGACCUCAUGCUUCUCUCUCCUCCUGGAAUGGCGUUCCUGACGUGGGCAUGGUCAGUGACAUUCUCUUCUGGAUCUUGAAAGAACAUGGGAGGAGUAAAAGCAGAGCCUCGGACCUCACCAGGAUCCACUUCCACACACUGGUCUACCACAUCCUGGCAACUGUGGAUGGGCACUGGGCCAACCAGCUUGCAGCGGUAGCUGCAGGAGCUCGAGUGGCCGGGACACAAGCCUGUGCCACCGAAACCAUAGAUACCAGCCGGGUGUCCUUGCGGGCACCCCAAGAGUUCAUGACUUCUCAUUCAGAGGCAGGCUCCAGGAUUGUAUUCAACCCAAACAAGCCAGUGGUGGAAUGGCACAGGGAGGGGAUAUCCUUCCACUUCACACCAGUGUUGGUGUGCAAAGACCCAGUUCGAACUGUGGGCCUUGGCGAUGCCAUUUCAGCAGAAGGACUCUUCUAUUCAGAAGUGCACCCUGAUUAUUAGGGAAGGUUGGGGACUUCUUGUUUUUUUUUUUUUUUUUUUUGAGGAAGAACUAGCCAACUCAAGAAUUUCAGGAAAAAGUUUGAAAAUAAGCUUGUGGGUGUCAGAACAGUUCCUAGAUCUAACUGGAAGACAGCCAAAGAAAUAACAGCAGAUCUAACUGUACAGAUACAUUCCCGCCUGCUGGCGAUUGCAUAAAAAUAUUUCAAGUUUUAAUUGAAAUUUAGUCAUCUACUAAUGAGACUGGAUCUUUUUUUUUUUAAUGUUGUUACAGGGUUUAAAAACUGUAAUUCCCAAAUCCCCAAUUUAUGCAACACCAUGAAACAUUUUAAGCCAAACUUUGCCCUGAAGAGCUUGUCUAGCCACUCACCUACAAGUAUGGGCGGUCGUAAGUCUGAUGUCAGGUUCUUGUGUCUUAGCUCAGCCCUCACAGACAGAAUCGGGGUGCCCGUUCAGUGUUACGGUGACAGUAUUCGGUGAGCACACCUUCUCAGCCGCCUCCUCGCACACUUAGGUCAGAGCCGCAAGUAAGGCCAGAACUGUGCUUCCUGUACCCAGUGAUUGCAGAGGCUGGACGUGCUUAGGGAGCCUAGGCUAGCUGCUCACCGGGUGCUUGUGUGGAUGCCUGGUGGCGUUGCGUGCUGAGGGACCCUGCCUUCCCACCUCAGCUCCUCUGAUUGUGGGCUGACUGGCUGAAGGCUGCUGUGGCCUGCGUUCAGCCUCUUUGCAACAGAAGACUGAUGCUUGUUUACUGUGAGCCUUGAAGGAACUUGCUUUUACAACUGGAACGUGCUUCUGUGUUUAUAACAGUUCAUAUGUGUUUUUGUUUCUUUGACACAUCUAUUGAGCAGUUUGACCUCAUCACAGCCCAGGAUCAUGAAUGAAUUCAUCAUUAUAUAUUUAUUUUUUUAUAAACUAAGACUUCUGUGUGCUUUUAAAAAUAUUAAAAACAAUUUACAUUUCAGGGA